AUGGCUAUGCUGAGUGAACAUCCCAUGCGUACGAGCCUUUCCGUGGCUCCUCUCUCUUUUCAAAAACACUCCUUUUCGACGACCUCUUCAAACGACGAUGGCUAUCUGAGCGUCUACCCUCACCACGCGGAAUCGUCUGCAUCUUCCACCACUCUCUCUGCAUCUACCGUAACCAGCAAGGUCUACAGCAACUCACAAAUGACUCCGCCAGCAACACCGAAUGGCUCCAACGAGAGCUUGCCACACGGCGACCACCCGCGGCAACAAUCGACGGCAGCAACCGGGACAGCUGUAACGACUGCAUCAGCUUCGCCGCAAGACUACUCCCAGGACCACGCGCAGGAGUAUGCGCAGGAGUAUACACAGGAGUACGCACAGGAGUAUGCGCAAGACUACCACCACAACGAGAACUACAUUUACACGUCGCCGUCAAUGGUCGACCCGCCACCAGUGUUCCACAACUUCUUGCGCGCCUACUAUGCUUUCCACCCGAGCUAUUCCCCAGCUGACUCGACUGUCACCCUGCCGAUGAACGAGGGCGACGUGAUCUUGGUGCAUUCCAUCCACACGAAUGGCUGGGCCGACGGCACCCUCCUGGCCUCCGGUGCCCGCGGCUGGUUGCCGACCAACUACUGUGACGCCUACGACCCGGAGGAGAUGCGCAAUCUGUUGAAUGCGCUCCUCAACUUCUGGGACCUGAUGCGCAGCACGACCGUCAACGACAACGAAAUCUUUGGCAACCAGGAGUUUAUGAAGGGCAUCAUCGCCGGCGUACGCUACCUCUUGGAACGGACAAACUGUCUGACGCGCGAGUCGGCUGCGGUCCAGCGCCAUGAUGGUCUCCGCCGCGGCCGCAAGUCGCUGCUUUCAGAGUUGUCGUCGCUCGUCAAGUCGGCCAAGCGCCUGCAAGACCACCAGCGUUCCACCAGCUCGACCGAGAAUGCCAACGACAUCAUCGACGAGAUGAUCCUCAAGGCCUUCAAGAUUGUCACCAAGGCUGUUCGCUUUUUCGACGUCUUGGAAGACGACCGCCGCCAGCGUGCACCGACAGUGGCUGUUAUGGCGACUGUGCUGGAGGAGAACUCGGUGCCGCCAACGCCGCCUGCCGAUGCCAUCACCUUCCGUUCCGGCACCAACCAGAACGCUGGCACUGACGGGCAAAGCGAUCAUGUUAUGGUCGACAGCAAUGCAGUCGACAGCAACAACAACAACGACAACGACAACAACGACAACACUGUGACACUCUCUAGCUCUGCGCCCGCGGGCUUGAGCAUGCCCGCCUCGGCGUCGACCCCGCUGUUGUCUGCGUCAACAGCAGUGGCACCAGUAAACAAGCGGCUGUCUAGCAUCGCUGCUAGCUACCACAACCGUCUCUCCCAGACGACACCGCUUGUCAGCCACCGUAUGUCCUCGUCGAGCAUUUCUCAUCGUGUGUCGCUGGCGGGACCCUCGUCUCUCUCCCAACCCCAGAACCUGGUGUCCAACCGGCUGAGUGACCGACACGACACGUUCUUGUCCUACCUGGGCUCGUUUAUUGGCCGUCUUCACCUGCAGUCGCAGUCUCGCCCGCACCUGGCCCUCGCAAUCAAACAAUCGGCUACUUCCGGCGGCCAGCUCCUUGUGGUGGUCGACGUUGUCUCUGCGCACAAUGCUCUCAGCCGAGAAAUUUUGCUGAAAUCUCGUGGCGCCAUGUGCGACCGCAUUGUCGAUCUCGUGUGCCUUGCCCGAGACAUUCUGACGAACCCCAUGCCGGACGUCGAGGAUGUCAUCAUGCCCCAAGACAAUGGCCGUCUCCUGAGCGCCGCCACCGACUGUGUCAAGGCCACCGGUGAGUGUGUCGCUAAAACGAAGUGGGUCAUUGAGCGCAUUGGCGAUUUCGAGUAUGAAUUUGAUGAUGCCACUCUCGCGUUUGACCUUGAUCUGUCUGUCUUGGACGCUGCGGCUGCCGAGAGCACGGUCCACAGCCCCCUGGACACGUCUGCGCCGCUUGUCGAAGACGAGCGGCCGCAGACGGCCGGCGGUUCAGCGAGCGUUGUCGACUCGGUUGUCUCCUCGUCAGUCUCUGCGGCGCCUGCUUCUGUGGCCACCUUCUCUACUUCCCUUACCAGCAACCACGAACCGAAUUCUUCCGUUGACGCCACGACGGCCUCUGCACCCACCUUUUCCUCCGCCAACUCGUCCCCCAGCAAGCGCACUACGCGUUCCACGCCCUCCAUCGACAAGCCGCUGCCUGAAGUCCCCCAGGGCGUUACGUCGCCGAUCGAGGAGAAGCGCUUCUCCCACCACCGGCGCUCUCUUUCCAUUGCCGCCGAAGACAGCACCAGCUCCAUGAACAGCAACAGCAUGGCCACGGCGCCGGCUCCCGAGGUGUUUAUUCGCCCGACACUGCCGCCUCUGCGGCGCAUUUCGACGCUGCUGCCCAACGACGACUUCAGCCCAAUCGAGCCGUCUGCGAACAACGACGGCGAGUUCACCUCGUCGUUCCGUUCCGAGAGCCUGACGGCUCUGAGCUCUGGCACAACCAGCACGUACGCUAGCCGCGAUUCGGAGUCCAGCCUUGUAUCGCAGUCCUCGACGCGCGCCACAACACCCGAGAUGGCCAACAACGGCCCGAAGAGCCAGCCGUCUCUGUCGGACAUCAGCAUGACGGGUAGCGGCACGCUCAUCGAGGAUGGCGAGGAGGAUGUUGAGUCGAAGCUCCUCGAGCGCACCUACGCGCACGAGCUGAUGUACAACAAAGAGGGCCAGGUUACCGGUGGCUCGCUCCAGGCUCUCGUGGAGCGCCUGACGACACACGAGUCCACCCCGGACGCCAUGUUCGUGUCGACGUUCUAUCUGACGUUCCGCCUGUUCUGCACACCCAUCAAGCUGACCGAGGCCCUCAUUGACCGCUUCGAGUACGUCGGCGAGUCGCCGCACAUGGCCAACCCGGUUCGCCUCCGCGUGUACAACGCCUUCAAGGGCUGGCUCGAAUCGCACUGGCGCGACGAGACGGACCGUGAGGCGCUGGCCUUUAUUGUCCCCUUUGCCGAGCACAGACUGGGCCUCGUCCUGCCUUCUGCUGGCCGCCGCCUGCUUGAGCUGGCGCAGCGUGUCAGCUCCAGCGACGUCACCCUGGUCCCCCGCCUGGUGUCGUCCAUGGGCAAGACGAACACGUCCAUCUCGCAGUACGUUCCUCUCGAGACGCCUCUGCCGCCCACAAACAUGUCCAAGAGCCUGCAGCACGGCCUGUCCAACUGGAAGAUGGGCGGCACCGCCCCCAUCAUCAUGGACUUUGACCCGCUCGAGUUUGCGCGGCAGAUCACAAUGCGUCAGAUGAGCAUUUUCUGCGCCAUCAUGCCCGAGGAGCUUCUCGGUUCGCAGUGGAUGAAGAAGGGCGGCCGGGACUCGCCCAACGUCAAGGCCAUGACGGCUCUGUCGACGGACCUCUCCAACUUGGUGGCCGACACCAUCCUGCAGUACCCCGAGGUCAAGAAGCGUGCCAGCGUCAUCAAACAGUGGAUCAAGAUUGCACACCAGUGCUACGAGCUGCACAACUACGAUGCGCUGAUGGCUAUCAUUUGCAGCCUCAACAGCUCGACCAUUAGCCGUCUCCGCCGCACGUGGGAUGUGAUCUCGCCCAAGCGCCGUGAGAUGCUCAAGAUGCUGCAGGCCAUUGUGGAGCCGGCGCAGAACAACAAGGUCCUGCGCGGCCGCCUGCACGACCACGUGCCGCCCUGCCUGCCGUUCCUUGGCAUGUACCUGACGGAUCUGACGUUUGUCGACAUUGGCAACCCGGCGACCAAGCAGCUGCCUGGCCAGGAUAGCGGCGAGCCCAAUGGCGCCGGCUCCAACGGCUCGGGCAUGACGGUGGUCAACUUUGACAAGCACACGCGCACGGCCAAGAUCAUUGGCGAGCUCCAGCGCUUCCAGAUCCCAUACCGCCUGAUUGAAGUCCCGGACAUCCAGGACUGGAUUGCCAGCCAGAUUACGCGUGUGCGCGAACUCGAGACGCCCGGCAACAACAUGCAGGUGUCCUACUACCGCAAGAGUCUGCUGCUGGAGCCGCGCGAGAACCAAUCGGCGAUCAAGUCGGUGGUGGACGCCGGCACAUCGGCCGCUUCCACGGCGGCGCCUUCGAUCAAGGAGUCGUCUUCGUCUCGCACCGACCUCUUUGCCUGGAUGCGCGGUGGCAAUGCCAACAAUGCAGCCAACAACGCGUCGAACGGCGCAAACUAA